AUGGCAGGAUCAAAGAAAGUGCUUAUGCUCGGUGCUGGAUUCGUUACACGUCCCACCCUUGAUAUCCUAAGUGAUGCUGGCAUCGAUGUCACUGUUGCUUGUCGAACCCUCGAGAGUGCCAAAAAGCUCUCUGAAGGCGUCAAGAAUGGUCACCCAAUCUCCCUAGAUGUCACAGACGAGAAGGCUCUAGAUGCUGCGGUUGCAGAACACGAUUUGGUCAUUAGUUUGAUUCCAUAUACUUUCCACGUCCCAGUCAUCAAGUCUGCUAUCCGAAAUAAGAAGAAUGUCGUUACCACAAGUUAUGUCUCGCCAGCUAUGGAGGAGUUACAGGAGGAGGCAAAGGCAGCUGGAAUUACAGUCAUGAACGAAAUUGGUCUUGACCCAGGACUUGAUCACUUGUAUGCUGUCAAGACAAUUGACGAGGUUCAUCAAGCUGGUGGAAAGAUCAAGUCUUUCCUGUCAUACUGUGGUGGUCUCCCAGCACCAGAGUGCUCAGACAACCCAUUAGGCUAUAAAUUCUCAUGGUCAUCCAGAGGUGUCUUACUGGCGUUGCGAAACACAGCCAAAUUCUAUCAAGAUGGACAGGUUCAGGAGGUUUCCGGUGAUCAAUUGAUGGGUACCGCCAAACCAUACUUCAUCUACCCGGGCUACGCAUUCGUCGCCUACCCUAACCGCGACUCAAGUAUCUAUAAAGAGCGCUACAACAUCCCAGAAGCCGACACCAUCAUCCGUGGCACGCUACGUUACCAAGGUUUCCCAGAAUUCAUCAAGACCCUCGUCGAUAUGGGCUUCCUCAAAGAUGAGCCGCAAGAGUUCCUCAAACAACCUAUUUCUUGGAAGGAAGCCACACAAAAGAUCCUCUCCGCCUCAUCUAGCUCCGAGCAGGAUCUCAAGUGGGCUAUCGCAUCCAGCACCUCCUUUAAAGACACUGAAGAAAAGGAGCGAAUCCUAGCCGGUCUCCGUUGGAUUGGGAUUUUCUCCGAUGAGAAAAUCGAUCCUCGCGGUAACCCACUCGAUACGCUCUGCGCGUCCCUCGAGAAGAAGAUGCAAUACGAAGAGGGCGAGCGCGAUCUCGUCAUGCUGCAACACCGUUUCGAGAUUGAGAAUAAGGACGGCAGCAAAGAGACAAGAACAUCAACACUGGUCGACAAUGGUGAUCCAAAGGGCUAUUCAGCUAUGGCUAAGUUGGUCGGUGUACCAUGUGCGGUAGCUGUGAAGCAGGUUCUUGAUGGAACGAUUUCUGAGAAGGGUAUUUUGGCACCAAUGUCCAAGACGAUUAAUGAUCCAUUGAUGAAGGAGUUGAAGGAAAAGUAUGGCAUCUAUUUGAUCGAGAAGACAAUUUCUUAG